AUGGCAUCUCCUCCUAGCCCAACCUUUUUGAAACAACCUCACCGCAACAGAAGCUGGAAACAAUGGCCAUUGCCUCCCCUUCCUCCAGAUAGUUAUCAGGUAUCCAAUGACUUUGAGCUCUCUCAGUAUCCGGAACUAGAAGAUGAGUCGCUACUUGCUUGGGGCCUCAAACAGAGUGAGCUGGAAGACUCGUAUUUCAGGGCCACGGUCACUGUGCUCCAAGGCCGUGGGAUGGAAUUAAAGUGGCAUUAUAACGUCGAUGAUGACUAUUUGGAUGCCAUUAUAUCAGUAGGUCAAUUCUUUGUCAAUACUUGGAAGUCAAUGUUUGGCUGGCUCCCUGGAAAUUUCAGCAUCCCGCCUCGUACUGUUCGUUCUCUGCGGCGAGGUGGAUUAUCGGGAGUUAUACUGCGCUCCAUGUACUCGUCUGAAGGCUUCUGGGCCAAGAUGGGAAACCAAUGCUUCCUGCGGCAUGGCGAUCAUGGGAAACUAGCAUCAUUCGAGUCGUCAUACCGCUAUCAGUGUGGUUGGGAUACUGGAAUAGCUUACACACAGUUCAUCCGAACGCGCCACCGAUGUAGAUACUUUUGCAUCAAUUAUCCAGCGCUUUCUAUGCAACGAUUAACCGCAUAUCUAAAACAGAAUUCAGCGCUUGGUUACCGCCCUUUCUUUCUGGAAGCGCUAGCUGCGGAUGAGUGUCUUAAGGAGUUUCAGCGCAACAUUGGCGAUCGACGAAAACUACUCGUGCAGCAUGAGCGAACUAAAGGGGAUAAGGACAUUGACUUUAACACCGCAACAACGGCACUACACCGACUAUCUCGAGAUUGGCAUACACUUGGACAAGACUGCCAGGAUUUCUACACGAAGCUCCAGUUUCUCCAGGAUGCGUAUAUGAAAUAUAUGCGGAAUAUUCAAGAUCCAAAGAACGGCUGGAAGGUAGACAAGUUCUCUCACACGGACGAAUCUUUGGAGGUUCUAAAGUCCCAAUGUGAUAACUUCGUUCGGUGGACUUCGGUUUAUCGAGACCGGACAAACAUUCGCAUUAACCUCCUAUUCCACCUUGCCAACCAGCGAGAAUCCCGCACCAGCACGCAAAUUGCAUCAUCCUCGGCCAAGAUUGCCGAACAAACUCAACGCGACUCUUCGUCCAUGAUCACCAUAGCCACUGUCACAAUGUUCUUUCUCCCCGGAACGUUCAUUUCUGCUAUACUUAGCACAACGUUUUUCGACUUCGGACCGGAGGGACUCAGUGUCUCUCGCCAGUGGUGGAUAUUGCCUGCAACAACUAUCCCUGUUAUGAUUAUUGUAUUUGGUGUGUGGCUCGGUUGGCGGUAUUGGAGAUUCAAGAAGAAGAAAUCAGAUCUGAAACUACCUUGA